AUGGAGGAUACUACGGAACCCUCGUUUCAACCUGUGCAAUCAACCGAGCUUGAUGAUGCCCCCUGGAGCCCCAAUAGUUCAUGGAAUUUUGGCAGUCUAGAAGAAGAAGAUUUCAAAGUUGAAGAUCCACAGGCCUUGGUGCAUUUGAUCCAGUGCCGCUUUUGCUCUCGUCCUUACACCAAUCCUCGCCGAUUACCAUGUGGAAGAACCCUUUGCCAGAGCUGUCUUCCUCCAAUCCGGUCUCGAAUUGGCAUCACUUACCCCGCAGUAGAGGGUAGAGAAGAGGGGUUCAUAUGCUAUUGGAGCGAAAAGAAUUAUAGUCAUAAUCCUAUCGAACGCGAACACUGUAUUGCAGACUGUGGACCUGAUAUCGUGCUCUCUUCGGUGGCUGAGGUGUUCCAGGAGGAAUUCAUGUGGCAGACGCCAAACGAAAACAGCCAGGAUAUGAAAAAUGAUAAGGGUUUGAUAGUGCGAUGGAGAUCUAACUCUCCUGAUACAGGACUCACGGCCGGAAGCGCUGAAGUUGGCUCGCAGGGAUGGCUACGUGGUCUAUACCAAGCAGCUGCAAUUGGCCAGCUUCCUUAUACUGCGGUCGAGGUUAAGUAUGAAGGUGGUGCCGUGGAAGAGGACUCCAUUCGAUUCAAUAAUCUUAAAGAGAGAGUUCGGGGUGAGUUAAAUUGUCACAUCUGCUAUUCAAUAUUGCUACACCCUCGGACAUUACCCUGUGGACAUACCUUCUGUUCUCACUGCGUGAGACAAAUUAUGGAGCACUCGGCUUUAUGUCCAAUAUGUCGCCGCAGUAUGGCGAUGAUGCCCAAGUUUGGUCGUGUGAAUAUUACCCUUUCACGACUUAUCGACCAUCUAUUCUUUGACGAAGUAAUGACUCGACGCGGAGCCUCCGAAGAAGCAGAGUUAUUCACUGAACAAAAGCAGCUGCCAAUAUUUGUUUGCACAGUUGCGUUCCCAUUUAUGCCAUCAUACUUUCACAUAUUUGAACCCCGUUAUCGGCAAAUGAUAGAACACGUCGUGGCUCGGGAUGGAGAGUUCGGGGUUGUCAUGCACGCCCAGAACCAUCCGUCGGAACUUGGAAACAGCGUUCAAUUCAUGAAAUAUGGAACUUUGGUGAAGAUUGAUCGCUGUGAUAUGCUCCCAGAUGGGCGUAGCCUUGUUGUGGCGACGGGCGUGUCACGAUUCGCAAUUCUGAGCUCUGACAAUACUCUUGAUUUCAUCAUCGCAAACACGGUCAAAGUGGAAGAUUUCUCAAUCUUGGAACAAGAGAGGCAGGAGGCAUUUCAAACACUCAACACCACUACAGAUACCGACCCAACCACUGACCCGUAUAAAGAUAACGCGAAGUCGACGCAAGAUCUGAUUGACUUAUGUCGAGACUUUGUCAUUCGAUCACGCCGGGAAAAUGCCCAGUGGCUUAAUCCACAAGUAUUGGGCCCAUUUGGGGACGUUCCUGAUGAUCCAGUCAAACUUUUAUGGUGGAUUGCGACUGUCUUGCCUCUCUCCGAGAUUGUCAGAUAUCAGAUUCUCCCAUUGAGGAGUGUCAGAGAACGUUCCCAGAUGGUAGCACAGUGGACUAGAGCAAUGGAUGCCUACCAGUUCGACCACCCCGCCGAAGAAAACCCAAUCUACCAAAUCUAA